CACACAAGUGCUCAGUUCCUUGUGUGUGUGUGUGUGUGUGCGUGUGUGUGUGCAGGAAUCAUCAUGAAGGACGGCAUGGCCAACAACAGCACCGCCAGCAUCUCGCAGGCCCGGAAAGCUGUGGAGCAGCUGAAGAUGGAGGCCUGCAUGGACAGAAUAAAGGUGUCAAAGGCAGCGGCGGACCUGAUGGCGUACUGUGACGCUCAUAUACGAGAGGACCCGCUCAUCGUGCCCGUGCCGGCGUCAGAAAACCCGUUCCGGGAGAAGAAGUUCUUCUGCACGAUCCUCUGAGGCCGAGCCGCGGGUCCAGGAGCUCUGCACGUGUCUCUGCUGCUGCGUUUUCAGCAGUUUUCAGCUGUUUGAGCGCAGCCGCCGCAUCUGUUGAUGGUCCGAUCCCUCCUGCAGGGGUCAAUUAACUGGCAACCCAGUCAGAGCGUCUCAUGUCUCGUUAAAUAGGUUCGUUAUUGCUUCGUAAAUUAGAGAACAGCCUUUCUCACUGCUUAUGGGAUGAGAGAUUUGUGUGCGUGUGUGUGUGGGUGUGUGUGCUGGUUUUGGUGGUUUUUGAGAACACACAUUUGUAUAAUGACAUGGGUAUGACCUACAAUGUUGAGGUGUAUGUGCGUGUGCUGGUUUUGUUGGUUUAUGAGGACAUGGCGUGUGUCCUCAUAAUGCAAAACUGUAAAACAUCAUACUUUACGUGGUCUUUUUGCAUUCAAAACGUGCCGCAUAUUUCAUUUAAGGGUUUGGUUUAGUGAUCGGGCAACAUAGUAAGUGUUUUUUUUACUAUAUAAAAUACAUUACACCUAUGGAGAGUAUGGAGAGUCCUUGUAAACCACUCAAAUCAACAUGUGUGUGUAUACUGGUUUUGGUGUAUUUUGAGAACACACAUUUGUAAAAUGACAUGGGUAUGACCUACAAUAUUGAGGUGUGUGUGUACUGGUUUUGGUGGUUUAUGAGGACACAAAUGUGUAUACAAUGUUAGUAUUACAACAUUGAGGGGAUUUAUGAGGACAUGGCUUCUGUUCACAUUAAAAAUUUGCCAUAGGUUUCCUUUGAGGGUUGGGUUUAGUGGUCGGGCCAUAUAUUAAGUGUUUUUUACAGUAUGAUAUGCAUUACACCUAUGGAGAGUCCUUGUAAACCACCAAAACAAAUGUGUGUGUGUGUGUGUGUAAUGGUUUUGGUGGUUUUUGAGAACACAUAUUUGAUUAAUGACAUGGGUGUCACCUAUAAUGUUGAGGUGUAUGUGUGUUUGUGUACUAGUUUUGGGGGUUUAUGAGGACACAAUUGUGUACAUAACGUUAGUAUUACAAUAUUGAGGUGAUCUAUGAGGACAUAGCUUCUUCACGUUCAAUAUUUGCCACAGGUUUCCUUUGAGGGUUAGGUUUAGUGAUACGGCCACAUAUUAAGUGUUUUUUACAGUAUGAAAUACAUUACAUCUAUGGAGAGUCCUUGUAAAUCACCACUUGUAAAUGUGUGUGUGUAUACUGGUUUUGGUGGUUUACAAAGACACAAUGUUGUAUAGUGACAUGGGUUUGACCUACACUGUAAAAAGUUAAUUACUUUACUUAAUUACUUAAAAAAUUAGUAAACCCAUCGCCUUAAAAACAAGUUGAUUUUACUUUUACUUUACUUUUUAUUUAACGAGGCAACGAGUUUACUCUUUUUUUAAGUUGUCAUCUAAUCGCUUUUUACAGUGUAGGUCUUAUAAUGUUGAAGUGUGUGUAUUGUUUUUUGUGGUUUACGAGGACACAAAAUGUGUAUAUGAUGGUAGUAUUACAACAUUGGGGUGAUUUAUGAGGACAUGGCUUGUGUCCUCGUAAUACAAAUCUGUUAGGAAUCAUACUUAAUGUGGUCUUUUUGCAUUCAAAAUUUGCCAUGGGUUUCC